CAGGUUAAAUUUGACGAAGGGGACCGACGCGACCCCAAAAACUUCUCUUAUGCGCACAAAUGGGCUAUCACGCUGACUUGUUGUGCGUUCGCUGGAAUCACAGCGGCUGCAUCGUCAUCUUAUUCAAUCAGCUAUGAGUCGAUGAUGCAGGACCUAAAUUGUACUCGACUUCAGGUGACCCUGGGACUGAGCUUGUACGCGAUGGGUUUCGGGAUUGUCCCUCUGAUUUCUUCGUCAUUCAGUGAGGAUUGUGGCAGACGGCCCGUUUACAUCGUCUCGUCCGUUUUGUUUUUGCUCGCUGAAGUUGUGAAUGCGUUGGCGCCAAACAUACAAACCGUGGUCGUGUCGCGUGCACUCCAAGGAAUGUUUGGCUCGACUGGUGCGUCCUUGAUCGGAGGUAGCAUCGCUGAUAUAUGGCAGCCACAUGAACGCGGAUUGCCGAUGUCGCUAUUUGCAUUCACAUCGUUAUUCUCUUUCGGCCUCGGGUCAGCGUUUGGGGGCCUCAUUGCUGCUAGUCCACACCUCGGUUGGCGGUGGGUGCAAUGGGUGCACGUCAUGUUCGCUGGGGCAUUUGUGCUUGAUGUCAUCUUGGUGAUGAGCGAAACCCGUUCAUCCAUCGUUCUUACUCGCAUCGCGAAGGACACCAGAAAGACGACCGGCGACCCCAGGUAUCGGUCCAGCGCUGAAAUCGACAAACCGAGCAUGUUAUCUCUGAUUAAAACGUCGUGUACACGACCAAUGUAUUUACUCUUAACUGAACCUAUUGUGCAGAGUUUUAGUCUUUGGAGUGGCUUGAUUUGGGGGAUUGUGUACUGCUUGUUUGAAUCCGUCACUACGGAGUUUCAGUCCGUUUACAACUUCAGCGUUAGCGAGACAGGAUUUGUAUUGCUAUGUCAAAGGAAAGUCGUUAGAUUACAUAUUGUCGGAGCUAUCAUAGGCUUUAUGGCGAAUAUGUAUCAAGAAACCUUGUACCGAAAACACUUUGCGAGAAAGGGUCAAGAAGCACGACUAUACAUGGCAUGUGUCGCUGCUAUUGUCCUACCCGUCUCAAUGUUCAUCUACGCGUGGACGGCAUCACCUAAUAUUCCCUGGGCAGUCCCUUUGAUCGGACUUACUGCUUUUAUGUCUGGCACCUUCAUAAUAUACCAUGUUGCAUUUUUGUAUCUCGCAGACUGCUACGGUCCGUAUACCUCAUCGGCCCAAGCGGGGCAGAGCUUGGCUCGAAAUACAAUGGCGUUGAUAUUCCCGCUCUUCACACAACAAAUGUUCGCUAGUAUGACGUAUAAGUGGGGACUGACACUCUUAGCUCUGUUGGCCGUAGUUUUGGCACCAACACCAUGGGUCCUUUUCUUCUUCGGUUCAACGAUCCGCUCUCAUAGUAAGGUCUCUCGCAAGAUUCUUGAGGCCGAAGAGCAACAAUUGGACGGCGACAAAACCGUUGCUUCCAGUCCUACUGAGGAACACAGUAUAGAAGUGUAA